AUGGCAGUCUUACCUGGCCGGGGUAACGCACAGUCUGGUCUAGCCGUGUCUCCUUUUACUGAAGCCGAACUGUAUCCGUCAACAGACUGGGAGGAGACCUUUCCCUCUACUCUGUCGCUCACAGCGCAAUGUCACAACUACACUAUCGUGUUUACACCACAGACUGUGAAAAACCAGCUCGACAUGGAUCUCACCGGACUCUUCAAAGCUGCCGUAUCGCACCGCUUUCACUUUCCGCUGACGGCUGGUGUUAAUAUUUAA